ACUGAUGUAAUUUUCCAUUUGAUUCUCGUGCUGAACUGGCAGAAGUGAGGAGGAUGUUUUGGAUUGGCGUGACAGAGGUUAGAGGAGGGGCGGGAUUAGGGCUAUUCUGGAAAUCUUUUUACGUAGCGCAUCUGUAUCCUCAAAAACAUAAGCCCUGGUUUGUGUUCAUACAAUGUGUCGAAUUGAUGCAGGGAUUCUUUCUCAGACGGCUGUGUCUAAACGCUACGUGUCCAUCUGAUAAAAGCCAGAGACUGCUCCUUUUUACGUAAGCAGUGGUUAGAUGCAGUGCAGAGACUGCUGCUUAAUAUUUCACUAUUAAUCUCUGUACGUAACGCAUCAGAAGAAGAACCAGAGGGUCACUUGUGUGAGAGAGAGCAUGGCGCACGCAGAAGAUCCUCAAACCGAAGGAGAAGGCAGCCCCCAGAUGGUCUCCUUAAGAUCAGAUGUAUCUGGGAAUCACGUGGACGAUGGAGAAGUGGGACCCUCUAUGAGGAGGAAGAGGAGGAAGAAGAAAGAGCCCCGUCCAGAGUCCAUCAUCGUGUACCGCUCUGACAUGGAAAGAGCCCCUGGUGAGGAGCAAAGCGCUGAGGAGGGAGCAGAGAGGAACUCUGAAGAGGGAGCGAAGUUCCUCUGCACACCCACAGGCGAAGGAGGAGGCUGGAACCUUCCCCCAGACAGCCGCUAUGUGACCCUAACCGGGACCAUCACGCGGGGAAAGAAGAAGGGCCAGGUGGUGGACAUUCACGUCACUCUGACAGAGAAGGAAAUCAGGGAUCUGGCCAAGUCAAGGGAACGUCUUGAUGCAGAGUGCGAGGCAGGGGACGGAUCGAAAGGCGCUUGCUCCCUGGGCGUGUGUCAGGGACCCCACGUUGUCCUGUGGAGCAUCUCCUGUGCGCCUGUGGUUUUCCUCCUCUCCUUCAUCACCUCCUUCUACUACGGCACGCUGACCUGGUACAACGUCUUCCUGGUGUACAACGAGGAGCGGACGUUCUGGCACAAGAUCACAAUAUGCCCCUUUCUCAUCAUCUUCUACCCCAUGCUCAUCAUGCCCAUGGCGCUGUCUCUGGCUCUGUACUCGGCUGUGGUGCAGGUGUCCUGGGCCUUUAGCGAGUGGUGGCAGGCAGUGCGGGACCUGGAGAAAGGCUUCUGCGGCUGGGCCUGUGGGAAGCUGGGACUGGAGGACUGCUCGCCUUACAGCAUCGUGGAGCUGCUGGACUCCGAUACCGUUUCUGGGACCCUGCAGAGCAAGGCGCCCAGCGAAUUUGCCCAGACGUCAUCAGUUUGAGGGGGCAGACACUGAAGUCAUGUCAAAUACUCGAGCUUACCUCACAUCAUUACAGGCACCAGAAAUCUGAAGUCGGUUACAAAGGAACUUUGUGUAUCUUUUUACACAUAGCCAUUGAAGAAAUAAAAAAGAAGAAGAUUCUAACUUUUUAAACACUGCCUGUUGUCGUUUGGUGCUGGACUAUUUCUACAAACCAUGAUUUGUAUGUACAGGCUCUCUCUUGGCUCGUGCAGAUCACUAAAUAGCUGUUAUUCCUGAAGAGAACUUGAAGACCCUUCAGGCACAUGGCUUUAGUUGCACGUCCAGGAUCCGGACACUGUCACACAUCAUAUGAGUGCGAAGGUUUACACCUCAGUUUUAGUUUAUCUGUAAAUAUCUUAUCCCUGAAUAUUUGUGAUGACAUCAAUUGUUUCAAUGUCUUUUAAAGCAAUGCAGUUUUCUUUUUUUUAAGUCAUCUUGAUAUCCAGGGACUGCGGAACAAUAUCAAAUAAAAAAAAUUGGAUCUGGAUUUGUACCAUUGGAACAACUUUGACUAAAACCAUAAUUAUGCAUUGUUCCUUACUUUCCAGCUUUGGUUUUAUUUGCAUUAACUCACAAAAAGACAAAAAAACAAGUUAUGUGGCCUGUCUCUAACUAUGAAACAAGAGCCCCACAGACAUCAGGUGUAUCUGUGUAUUAAUCAUAAUUACAGAGGAAAAUGAAUGCUCAUAAAAUCAUGCUCAUUAAUCCCAGGCUUUCUCUGCACAGUCUAUCUCAUUUAAUUCAUUGCUGAAUUUAU